UUUCCCCAGAUGGUGACGAUGCUGAUCCUGAUCCUGCUGCCCGCGGCCUUUCUCCUGCCCCCCGGGGCUGGGGCUGGUGAGAUCAUCGGGGGAAAGAAAGUGAAGCCCCACUCCAGACCCUACAUGGCCUAUCUGAGUAUACGACGUGAAGGCAGGAAUGUUCACUGCGGAGGGUUCCUCGUGGCAAAGAACUUUGUGCUGACGGCCGCUCACUGCAAUGGAGACAAGAUCACUGUGUACCUGGGAGCCCAUAACAUUAAACAACAGGAACAGAGCCAACAGAAAAUCUCCGUGUGCCGACGGAUCCCCCAUCCGCAAUACAACAGAAAGACACAUAACAAUGACAUCAUGCUGCUGCAGCUGGGGCGCAAGGCAAAGCUCAAUAAACAGGUGAGGCUCAUCCGUCUCCCCCCGGCUCAUCGGCGAGUGCGACCAGGGACCGUGUGCAGUGUCGCUGGCUGGGGCCGCACCAGCGCACUCAGGAAGAGGCGCCCCAGUGUGCUCCGGGAGGUGGAUUUGAAGGUGAUGGAUGAUGAGACCUGUCUGAACUAUCCUGGUGGGAUAUAUCGUAAAUAUAACUCCUGCACGAUGAUGUGUGUGGGGGACCCAAAGGAGAAGAAAUCCUCUUUCAAGGGUGACUCUGGGGGCCCCCUGGUGUGUGGGAAAACAGCUCAGGGCGUCGUCUCUUGGGGGCCUGUCAAUGGGCGCCCCCCAAGGGUCUACGUGAGAGUCUCCACCUUCAUUCCCUGGAUACGGAGGACGAUGAGGAGGCUGCAGUCCUGAGCCCGAUGGGAAUUGCUGCAGGGGCAGGAGCUGCAUCGGUUCUGUUCUUUGCAUGGCCCAGAUGAAGCGGCUGCUUUGCAGAGGGCUAAGUCCCCCCAGGCUGAUCUCCCCCACCCCAGACAUCGCUCCUCUCAGGCAGUGCCCAACCCAUGAGUAUAAAGACAGGGAGUCUCGGGGAGUUAGGAGCUAUGUUCAAUUCCAACUCCCACAGCUCCCUUGGCAAUCCCAACCCAGGCCCUUAGGCUGCGUCUUCGCUCAGGAAACAGCUGGUUUAUUUUCCCCGGGGUAACGGACACAGGCCAAACCCUGGAACAGACACGGCAGUUUGUAGCUCUCCCCCAUAUCAACCAGUCGAGUGACCCUUUAUGGGAGAUCCUUGUCAUUAACUGGCCUGCUAACUCCUGUUAAAACUACAGCCUGCCCUGUCCUCACUGGGCCUUUUCCACAUGUUAUUUCCACCGGGGUAGCCACCGCCCAUUCCAAAGACACCUGUUCCCAGCGCCGACAAGGAGAGUGGGAGUUUGUUCAUGGGAAGGGAAAUUAGGAAAUUAUGCACUGAAUUGAUUUAAGCUGAAAUGACAGCUCUGAGCGCCUCCCUCUAACCUCCGCUGCCCUGCCUUGCCUCGCGGCCUGGUGCAUUUUGCUCGCUGCUUCUUACCCAGCAAUGAAUAAAAAUG